AUGCCUUCCGACACACCUGAGCAGCAGCCGCCUCAUCCCGACGAGGACCUCGACGUUCUCGCCGCCGACGACGCCGCCGAGGAAAUCGAAGAAGUCGACCAUGACAACGACAUGGCCAUGGACUCGGGCGACGAGGACGAGGAGCUCACCCUCGUCAACGACGCCAUUGCCUAUUUCGACGAGCCGCAGGACUCGCUCUUCACCAUUGCGCAGCACCCCGUCCACCCGUCCCUCGUCGCCCUCGGCGGCUCCGCGGGCGCGCACGACGACGCCCCCGGCGCCGGCUGGGUCGUCGACACCUCGGCCGCGCAGAGCCGGCCCGUCCUCCCCGCGAGCUUCGCCUCGGACCCGUCCGCCGCCGCCGCCGCCGACCGCCCGCCGCCCACGGCCCUCGCCAGCCUCUACGCGCUCGAGGGCCACACCGACUCCAUCAACUCGCUCUGCUGGACGCUGCCCGCUGGCGAGGUGCUCGUCAGCGGCGGCCUCGACGGCCGCCUGCGCGCGUGGAGGGCCGACGCCAAGCCGUCUUCUGGUCUCACCAUGACGCCGCUCGGCGAGACGCAAGAGGUCGAAGAGGUCAACUGGCUCGCCGCCUGCCCGUCGCCCGCGCACCCCAACACGGUCGCGCUCGGCGCCAACGACGGCUCCGUCUGGGUCUACACCAUCGAUCCGUCCGACGCCAGCAACGCGCUGCAGAUUGUGCAGUCGUACUUUUUGCACACGGCCGCCUGCACCGCCGGCACAUGGACGCCCGACGGGCGCCUGCUGGCGACCGUCUCCGAGGACGGCACCCUCUACGUCUGGGACGUCUGGGGCGAGGCCGCCGCGCGCGGCAGCGUCGACAGCAACGGCCAGACGGCCGUGGCCAUGUCCCCCGAGGACCAGCGCUUCGAGGUCGAGGGCGGUCUCUACUCGGUCGCCAUCGACCCCAAGGCCACCUUUGUCGCCGUUGGCGGCGCUGGUGGUGCCAUCAAGAUUGUCUCCCUCCCGCGUCUCGGCGGUGCCCCCACGACACAGCAGGGUAAGAAGAGCGGCGGCGGCGGCGGCGGCGCAGAUGCCACGACAGGCGGCCAGAUCCUCGCCUCGCUACACACACAGUCCGACGGCGUCGAGACGCUCGCCGUGACGCUCGCGCAGACGACGCCCGCCACGGUGCUGCUGGCCGCGGGCUCCGUCGACGGCUCCAUCUGCGUGUACGACGCGACGCGGCGCUUCGCCGUGCGCCGCCAUAUUGUCGGCGCCCACGAGGAGCAUUCCGUCGUCAAGGUCGAGUUUGUGAAAAACUCGUGGACCCUCACCUCGUGCGGCAUGGACGGCGUCGUCCGCCGCUGGGACCUGCGCGGGAGCGCCGUCGGCGUCGGCGCCCAGGCCACGGGCGGCCCGGCCGCGCCCCACGACGGCGGCCUCAUCAAGGAGUGGAAGGGCCACCGCGGCGACGGCGAGGGCGGCGGCGUCCUGGGCUUCGUGCAGGGCGAGACGGGCGAGAGGGUCGUUACGGCGGGCGAUGACGGCGUCUCCUUGGUCUUUGAGGCGUAA